CUCCUCUCUCUCCCUUCCUGGCCAAGAAAUCUUAGGCAGCAUUUAAUUGCGCCGUCAGUUGGGCCACCGAGUUAGGCACCGGUUUUUGGGUUCUAUUUCCCCACACACUCUCGGAAAGCCUUACGGAUGGAGUCCGUUACUGGAGUACGCCUGGAUCGCACAUGGAAACGAGAGAGGGGCUUGGCAAAUCCAGGUAUCGCCGACUAUGUAAGGAAAUAAGACGGAGUAAAAGGAGGAGAAGGACAGCAAAGAGUGGAGGGGGGCGGUUGAAAUGCAGAAAGCCAGAGACAGCAAAUGAGACAGAACAAGCAAGCCUGAGAGGUGGAGGGAGGUACAAGGAGAGAUUUCAGAGAGCGGGAGCUCCAGGGGGAAGAAAAGUUAAGAGAAAGAAGAGAGAAAGGGGGAGAAAAGAACUGGCUUUGAAGAGGAAAGGAGAGGCAGGGAAACAACAGACAGGAAGGAAGGGGAGGGGGAAGUCUUGUGUAAAGGGAGAAGGGGGGAGGCUACGGAGAAGUUUUUUUGCGGGGAGCCACUAGAUGAGAAAAACAGAAUGAGUGAAUGACAGAACUUCAGAUUUUUUCCCUCAGCGCUUUUUUCCACGUAUACCUUUUCGGACAUGUACACAGAAGGCGGACAAGCGACAGCACGCAGGCGAUUCAUCCGUGGCCCGUGCCCCUGCCAGCGCUGUGACCAGCCCGGCGGGCUGAGGUACCAACCGGCGCCGAGCAAACAGGCUGACCACCAACAUCUGGAAGGCCGAAGAGACAUCCAGUCUCCUCGGGUUAAGGAGGAAGGAUGGAGGACGCCCAGAGAAGACCGAGGCAGUCACUGUAGCCCUCAGAGAUGGCCUCGGUUCCUGGGGUCUGGCCCCUUGCACCAGUCUAACGACCUGCCCCGACUUUGUCGUCCAUGUGAGUUGAACUCUUCCAGGUGGGAUUAUUUGCCAGAAGCUACCGUGACACACUGUCCAUCUUUCAGAGAGUGUGUGGUGACGCACAGCCACACCAAGGCACACCUCUUCAAUGGCGGGAUUCCACACCCACUCCCUCAUUUACGGGUCAAAGGACAAGGGUGUGGCUAUAGUAGGACGGUCCAAUAUGAUGUAUUUGUCGGCAACAGAGAGGAAAGAUGUGCAAAUUUCGCCGGAAAUUACCAUUUGAAGCAAAAUAAUCCGAGUUUGGAACAAGUACUUGUAGCUAAUGGGCAUUGUGGACCAAAGCCUGGACCCUCCAAAGGAAAAGAGGGAAGCAAUACCAAUCAGGACUCGGCUAAUUCACCGGAGAACUGUAAUGGACACUCUCACCAAAGUUUCUUUGCAACUGAAGUCCCACAGAAACACUUGAACCAAAAGAAGGGGCCUGGUGCUCGACCCCCGGCCAUCAUCAACUUGGAUGUUGACCAGAACCAGCACCAAGGUGUGGGUUUGGCAAAGCAAACGAGAGGGCCUGAUGUGGUGAAGGAUCGGAUCCGACAAGUGGUGACAAAUCUCGAGGACGUCUUGGGAGGUUUAAAGCAAGUUCAUGUGGAGAUGAAAGAGGUCAUCAAGCAGAUCGAUUAUCUCACGGCCAACAUCGACCUCAGUGAGAAACCACCCAGCAUCACUUGCGGGUCUUCCAAUAAUACUCAUCAAAGAGAACUCAGGACGACCCCUCCGCCUGAUCACAAGCACAUCCUGGUCGAGUGGUCGAGGCAUUCGGACGAAGAACGCAUCACCUUACGAACCAACUCCCCGUCGCCCGUCCAUAUGGCGUCCGUGGUCAAAACCCGCUGCUUCGCCCCACCCGACCACAUCAAGGACAUCAAACACGAGAGAUCCAAAGUGAACGGGCACCCUGCGGACCACAAAGCGGACACCUCAGAGCUCCCUUCACCGAACCUACAUUCCAAAGCUGUCGUCAGGAACAGCACGGCCCAUUCAAGAACACAAAAGCCUCCGCCGCACCCGCCAAAUGGACGGUGCGGCAACACUUCAAAGACUGCGAGGACCCUUGAAUACGCCUGGAAAGGCCACCAGAACGGCAGCAUAGUGUGACGACAGGGACAGAGAGUGUGGUGGUCGUCUGCCGCCGGUGCCAUGGGGGGGAUGAAACAUGAGACCCUUCUGCAGUGAGUGGAGGUCAGAGUACGAGCAAGCAGGGGCACAACUCAUGCAGGAGCUGACGCCACUCGGACGUUGCAGCUGUCAGUCGGAAACGGGACGUGGUCCGAGGACGGAGGAUGUUACCCCUUUGCAGAAACCUCGCACAGGGGCUAAAGCGUGGAAGUGAUUUUUUGGGUUCUGGAGCUGGCAAAUAACACGACGACUACACUGCAACCAGAUUACCUCUGAUGACACGAUCCCACAGAUACGCCAAUGCAGCUGGAGUUGGCGGGAAAAAAACUAUUAAAUCCUGCUUCCAUUUUCUGUACCAUUAAUUCUGGGCAUAUUCGUAAGAACGAGAGGGGGCACACUGGACUGAUUCAACCAGAAAGCGUGUUACGUUGCAUGGUCUUUUACUACAACAAAAGGGAAUUAUUGUUAAACAUCAACUCGAGUCGUCAGCUCAUCCUUGCACAUACAGGGGACGGCGUGGCGCGGGUUGGCAAAGAGGGUUCCCGGUUCGAUCCCCACCUACCUUCUACCAACUUUGUCACGUUCGUUGUGUCCUUGAGCGAGACACGUCACCCUUGCUCCUGAUGGGACGCGGUUAGGGCCUUGUGUGAAUGAACGGGUGAAUGUGGAAAUAGCGUCAAAGCGCUUUGAAUACUUUGAAGGUAGAAAAGCGCUAUACAAGUACAACCCAUUUACAGCUAUCUAGCACAUGUGGCACAUUGCACAAAAACAACCCAAAGCUCAGGUUUUAUUUUUCCAAAAGGUUGCAUCUUCCUUUUAUGAAUGGGGAAAAGCUACCGGGCACAGUGGCUGUUACGUAUUUGGGGUCAAACCUUUGUAAUUGUAUUAUUUAGGCACUAAGGCAAUGAUUUGCAACCGACAAUCAAGGCUAUAAAAUGUGUACACAGUGUUAUGAUCCGUGGCCCGGAUCAUGUUUCGUUAUUUUCUGUUAGUUUAGGACUCCCUUAGUUCCUGUUUUUUGUGCACCCUUGAGUUUGUUUUAAGUUACUAUGGUUGCUUAUUAUUUCCACCUGUCUCUGAUUGGUGUUCGGGACGCUCACCUGUUUCCCGAGCACUAAUCAAAGGCAAUAUUUAUUUAUUUAAGCCUGCAUUUGCCAGUCAGUCGGCCUGGCUUCUUUGUUUUGUUACGUGAGUAUUUCUUAUCUUCUAGUCCAGUGGUUCUCAAAUGAGGGUACGCGUAUCUCUUGGGGUACAUGAAGGUAUGCCAAGGGGUACGUGAGAUUUUUUUUUAAAUAUUCUAAAAAUAGCAACUAUUCAAAAAUCCUUUAUAAAUAUAAUUAUUGAAUAAUACUUCAAGAAAAUAUGAAUGUAAGUUCAUAAACUGUGAAAAGAAAUGCAACAAUGCAAAAUUCAGUGUUGUCAGCUAGAUUUUUUGUGGACAUGUUCCAUAAAUAUUGAUGUUAAAGAUUUCUUUUUUUGUGAACAAAUAUUCAGAAUUAAGUUCAUGAAUCCAGAUGGAUCUCUAUUACAAUCCCCAAAGAGGGCAUUUUAAGUUGAUGAUUACUUCUAUGUGUGAAAAAUCUUUAUUUAUAAUUGAUUCACUUAUUUUUCAACAAGUUUUUAGUUAUUUGUAUGUAUUUUUUCCAAAUAGUUCAAGAAAGACCACUACAAAUGAGCAAUAUUUUGCACUGUUAUACAAUUUAAUAAAUCAGAAACUGAUGACAUAGUGCUGUAUUUUACUUCUUUGUCUCUUUUUUUCAACCAAAAAUGCUUUGCUCUGAUUAGGGGGUACUUGAAUUAAAAAAAUGUUCACAGGGGGGUACAUCACUGAAAAAAGGUUGAGAACCACUGUUCUAGUCUAAACUAAGUGGUAGCCUUAGCGUCCAGUGCGAUCGGCACGUUUUUCCUCUGGCUUGUUUUCUGUUUUCGGUACUUGUUUGAGUUCGAAGAAUAAAUCAUGUUCCUACCUGCACGCCUUGUCCGGAGUGGUCCGUCUGCAUCCCGGGGAAACAAACCCUGCAGUAAGCUGCGACCCUCCUCGCUGUAACAGAAUCAAUCAAUCAAUCAAUCAAUCAAUCAAUGUUUAUUUAUAUAGCCUUAAAUCACAAGUGUCUCAAAGGGCUGGAAAAACCACAACGACAUCCUCGGUUGAGCCCACAUAAGAGCAAGGAAAAACUCACCCCAAUGGGACGUCGGUGACAGUGACAAUGAUGACUAUGAGAAACCUUGGAGAGGACCGCAUAUGUAGACAACCCCCCCUAGGGGACUGAAAGCAAUGGAUGUCGAGCGGGUCUAACAUAAUAUUGUGAAAGUCCAAUCCAUAGUGGAUCUAACACAACCGUGAGAGUCCAGUCCAAAGUGGAUCCAAUAUAGUAGCGAGAGAACCGUGCAAAGUGGAGCCAGCAGGAAACCCUCCCAAGCGGAGGCGGAUCAGCAGCCCAGAUAUGUCCCCAACCGAUACAAAGGCGAGCGGUCCAUCCUAGGCCCCGACUCUGGAUGAGCGAUCCACCUUGGGUCCCGACUCCGGACAGCCAGUACUUCAUCCAUGGCCACUGGACCGGACCCCCUCCACAAGGGAGAGGGAUACAGAGGAGAAAAAGAAAAGAAACGGCAGAUCAACUGGUCUAAAAAGGGGGUCUAUUUAAAGGGUAGAGUAUAAUAGAAUGAAGCCAGGCUGACUGACCUACAAAGGCAGGCUUAAAUAAUGCCUCUGAUUAGUGCACGGGAAACAGGUGAGUGUCCUGAACACCAAUCAGAGACAGGUGGAAAUAAGCAACCAUGGUAACUAAAAACAAACUCACAAAAACAGGAACUGAGGGAGUCCAAAACUAACGGAAAAUAACGAGACAUGAUCCGGGCCACGGAUCAUGACACGAAGGCUCUAUAAAAAUAUAGAAAAAAAUACCGGCAGGGGUAAAAUUUAGAUCCAUGAAGGAAAGAAGAAAGUGAAUGAAUGUUUAUAACUGAAUAAAUGUACAUAUGCAUAAAAA